AAGACGAUGUUUUCUGCACCAUGAGUCAUCUUUUAGGAGCUCAGGACUGUGUGGAGAAUCUGCGUAGAGAUGUGAUAGAUUUACAGGGCGCGCUCGUGGACGUGUUCUCGCGCACAGGACCGGUCCGUUUCCGGUCGUGGAAGUUCCCGGAUAAAGAGUCGUGUGAUUUGGACCUGGUGCAGCUGCUGGAGCAGUAUGACUAUGUGGAGGGAGAGAAGGAGUUUAAUGAGCACUCACACACCGUGCUGUUAGAGCUGGUUAUUGACAGACUCUUGCUCCUUCUACAGAGUUUUAAUGCCUACAUGGAGCAGAUGUUAGGUGGACAGAGAGCAGGGGAUUGUGGGAAGGCAGGAGGCCCGGUGUGUGUCGGCCUGGUGGUGAGACGCUACUGGAAAAAUUUAAUCAGCUGCACCAGCCAACAGAGACAACAGAAACAGAGCGUCGUGUCCAGGCCAGAGAGCAGCACAGAGUCGGACCCCCGGAUCUCCAGCUCCACCUCCCAGCACUCCACAUCGUCUUUACCUCCAGCCUCCUGUGGCCUCCAAACGUCCCCUACGCCGUCGCUGAGGAGUCGCAGUGUGAGCUGUCAGACGGUGGAGUCUGCACUGGUGCCGUGUGCCGCCUGUGCUGGAGUCCAGUCGUCGCUGCAGGACAGCGCUCGUGCCGUGGCGUCUCUGUGCCAGGCUCUGGGUCUGUCCUGCUCGCUGUGGAGCUUCCUGCAGGCUGUGGAGGAAACGCUGCAGCUCGGCCGCCUCUCUGCCUGCGACCUGACUCUGUGGGCUCGAGAGCAGCAGGCGGAUCUGCGGCGAGUCCACGAACACGUCACUCACGUUCAGGAGAAGGCGGAGUCUCUCACACACACACUGCAGAGAGCAGAAGAGGAGAGAGACGAGCUGAGAGCACGGCUGGACAGAGAGAAGGAGAGCAGUGAGCGAGAGAGAGAGGAGAGGAGGAGGAGAGAGGACGAGUUAGAGAGAAGACUGGAGGAGGAGAAACUCAGACGAGACGAAGAGCUGAAAACACAACAGGAGGAGAAGGAAGAGCUGAGAAAAGGAUCUGAGGCUUUAGAGGUGAAAAUCUCAGAACUGGAAGGAGAAUUAAAGCUGCAGAGAGAAUCACAGCAGUGUGUCGGUGAGCCGUAAAUACAGCAACCUUAUAAACACUACUGAUGUUACAGCAGUGCAACGUUACACGUGUGUGUGUGUGUGUGU